AACCGAUCCUCCGCCACCGGUGCAGGAGGUCAGGGCGGAAACCGCCGUGAUGCCCCCACUCUCAAGUCCUCCGUCGACAUCCAGCCUGAGUGGACUAUGCUCGAUCAGAUCCCUUUCUCCACCUUUUCCAAGCUCUCUUUUUCGGUCCCCGACCCCCCGGAGGAUCUCCUCGUCUGCGGCGGCCUCGAAUUCUAUGACAAAUCUGUCGAUCGUAUCAACCCUAAGAACGAGCGCCGCCUCGAACGCUUCAAGUCUCGCAACUUCUUCAAGGUUACAACUACUGACGAUCCAGUUAUCCGUCGCCUUGCCAACGAGGAUAAAGCCGCCGUGUUUGCUACCGAUGCUAUUCUCUCGGCGCUUAUGUGCGCUCCCCGUUCUGUGUAUUCUUGGGAUAUUAUUAUCCAGCGCGUGGGCAACAAGCUUUUCUUUGACAAGCGCGAUGGAUCUCAGCUUGAUCUACUGUCUGUGAAUGAGACUUCAUCGGAGACGCUUCCUGAGGCAAAGGAGGAUAUCAAUUCUGCUCAUUCCCUUGCGGUUGAAGCUACUUACAUAAACCAGAAUUUCUCCCAACAGGUGCUUUUCCGUGAUGGCAACAAGCUCACAUUUGAUGAGCCCAACCCCUUUGCAUCAGAGGGUGAGGAGGUGGCCUCUGUUGCUUAUAGAUACCGGCGCUGGAAGCUAGAUGAGGACACCCAUCUCAUUGCUCGCUGUGAGGUCCAUAGUGUCACGGACGUGAGAGGCCAGCGUGCAUUCCUCACUCUGAAUGCAUUAAAUGAGUUUGAUCCUAAGUAUUCUGGUGUGGAUUGGAGGCAGAAGCUGGAGACCCAGAGGGGAGCUGUGCUUGCCACUGAGCUCAAGAACAAUGCAAACAAGCUUGCAAAAUGGACUGCCCAGGCUCUUCUUGCAGGUGCUGAUAUGAUGAAGCUGGGCUAUGUAUCAAGAGUUCACCCUAGGGAUCAUUUUAAUCAUGUCAUCCUUAGUGUGAUUGGCUAUAAGCCAAGGGAUUUUGCAGCUCAGAUCAAUCUGAAUACUUCUAAUAUGUGGGGGAUUGUCAAGUCCAUUGUGGACGUUUGCAUGAAGCUGAAUGAAGGGAAGUAUGUUCUCGUGAAGGAUCCAGUGAAGCCACAGGUUAGGAUCUAUGAAGUACCGGCAGAUGCAUUUGAGAAUGAUUACAUGGAAGAGCCUCUUCCCGAGGAAGAGCAGGUGAGGCCGCCUGUGGAGGAUGAAGUUCCUGAUGGCAUAGCUGAAGCUGGUGCUGAAGGAGAGGUCACCGUUGUUGGAGAUUCUGCUGGUGAAGGGGAAGCUGACAAUGAUAUCUCUGCUUCUGUUGCUUGAAGGUUAUCAUAAAUAUUAAUAUUUGGGUGCACUGGUGUUUUUUUGAUAGGGAACCUAGAAAGACAUUAUUUUCUGUAGUGAUAAUCUAUUAUAGUAUUUCAUUUUUAUCUUUGAUAGAUAUGCUUCUAUUUGUCCCUCUUCUUUCGUGUUUGAGUGAAUUUUUUGCUUUUCAGGAAGUCUGUUUAAUUAAUGAAGUAACUCUUUACUUGCUCAGAGUUAAAUUUGCAUGAGCUUUUA